GCCACCUUCAACAGUACAUCACACAACUUACAACUACGAUACACAACCUCCUCUUCAACUCUCACUCACUUCCCUCACUUCACUUCCAAACCCAACACAACACUCUUUCUAAAUCCCUAAUUUUAUUCAAAUCUCUCCCAAACAAACCCUAAAAAUCAAAACUUUCUUACAUAAUCUCCAAACACAAACUCACCCCUUUGAAACCAACUUCAUUUUCCCAGUUUCCAAGACAAACCCUUUCAUAAAAAUCAAAUCUUUUUCACUCCCCAAAUCAUACCUUACAAAAACACUAAAACCCCACUUAAAAUCUCUACCAAAACACAUACACAAAGACACUUGCACACUAUUUUUUCUGUUUGGAUGAGUUGGGUCAUUUGGGUUGUGGCAAAUGGGCUGUUUUAUAUCUAAACUAGCUUCAAAUUUUGCAUUCUUUCCUCCCUCACCACCUACUUAUCAGGUCAAGAAACGAGAUGAUGGGAAGCUUGUUGCUGUCUCGACGACGUCGUCUAUGACUAUACCUUAUUGUGAUGAUGGCUCACUUGAUGUUUUGUCACUCAAGACUAAAAGGGGCAACAAGAUUGUAGCUUUUUACUUCAAAAACCCAUUUGCAAGACUCACUUUGCUUUACUCCCAUGGAAAUGCUGCUGAUCUGGGCCAGCUUUAUGACCUCUUUGUUCAACUCAAGGCUAAUCUCAGAGUCAAUCUUAUUGGAUAUGAUUAUUCUGGGUAUGGAGCUUCUUCUGGCAAGCCAAGUGAACAUAACACAUACGCAGACAUAGAGGCAGUCUAUGAGUGUCUUGAGACUCAAUACGGGGUUAGUCAAGAAGAUAUAAUCUUAUAUGGGCAGUCUGUUGGUAGUGGACCGACUCUCCAUUUGGCAGCUAGGCUGCCAAGGUUAAGAGGUGUAGUUCUGCAUAGUGCUAUUCUUUCUGGUCUUCGCGUACUCUGCCAUGUGAACUGCACACUUUGUUUCGACAUCUAUAGGAACAUAAACAAAAUACGGAAAGUGAAGUCCCCGGUGCUAGUGAUUCAUGGUACCGAAGAUGAUGUUGUAAAUUGGUUACAUGGCGAUGGACUAUGGAAAAUGGCCAGAGACCCUUAUGAGCCCUUGUGGAUUAAAGGUGGUGGUCACUGCAACCUGGAGCUCUACCCAGACUACAUCCACCAUCUCUGCAAGUUUGUGCAAGAUAUGGAAAACAUGACCACUGAGAUCCGCCUGAAAAAGAUUCGCCAGACUCUCAAUUUACCAAAAGGAGAAAAUGCUAAAGCUGCAAAUUCUGCCAAUUGCUGCUGCUGCGGAAUCAAGUUAAGGUGGCCCAAAUGCCUUAAAUGUUUGACGCCUAGCUGUUUACAUUGCUUGAAACCUAGCUGUAGCUGUUUUCAUUGUUCAAAACCUAGCUGCCUAGAAUGUUCAGCUCCUAGCUGCAAAUGUUCAAGUUGUAGCUGCUUCAAAUGCUCAAGUUGUAGCUGCUUCAAAUGCUCGAGUUGUAGCUGCUUCAAAUGUUUGAGUUGCUUCAAUUGUUUCUCGGGAUCUAAAAGCCGAGGAUGCAAACCACAAUGUCCAGAUUGUUUUAAACCUGGUUUGACAAAAUGUUCGUGUGGUGUAAGAUGUUCAUGCUGGUGCAUAAGUUUGCCAUGCUGCUGAUAAAUUAUGGUGGGUAUACAUAUUGGUAUAAUUGAGCAGGAAGAGUAUAAGUUAAAACUAAUUUGUCUGUAUAGAGAUUUUUUUUAAAUCUUGUCGAACUGUCUGAAGUGUGCACUUAGAAACUGUUAAUCAAAAAGAAACACAAUUUCAAUUAA